AUUUUCCUAAAACUUUCGUCCAAAAAAAAAAAAACAAACUCCUAAAACAAAAAAGAGAAGGGAGCAAAAGAAAAAGUCACACACAAAAUCACAAUCGAAACCUCCUCACCAGAUCUCAAACGAUUAGCUCAACCGAUCAUCAUCAGAUAAUCAGCAUCGAAUCAUGUCGAGCGACGACGAAGACGAGCUUCUCCAAAUGGCGUUGAAGGAGCAAUCCCAGAGAGAUCUCACCUACCAGAAACCUCCUUCCUCCUCUUCCCGCAAGCCCGUCGCGAAUCUAGUGCAGCAGCCACGUCAGCAGAAGCCCGCUCCUCCGAAGAAGCCCGCCGCUUCCGCUAGGAAGCCUUCGAUGGAUGACGACGAUGAAUCGGAGGUGGAAUUGCUGAGCAUUUCGAGCGGGGACGAUGAUUUGGAGAGGGAGCGGGAGACACGUGGCGGUAUGGGGAAAGGGAGAGGCAGCGAUGUGAAGGAGAGAGGAGGGAGAGCGAGGAAGGAGGAUGAUGGAGCUUGGGAUGGUGAGGAGCCUGAUUGUUGGAAACGAGUUAAUGAAGCUGAGCUUGCACGUAGGGUUCGUGAUAUGCGGGAAUCAAGAACGGCACCCGUGGUUCAGAAACUGGAGGAUAAGUCACCUGCACCUGGCAAGAAAGUGGUUCUGACUAGUUUGCAGUCACUUCCUCGAGGGAUGGAAUGCAUUGAUCCACUGAAAUUAGGGAUCAUAGACAACAAGACACUGAGAUUAAUAACUGAGAGGUCAGGCAGCCCAUCAAAAUCUGAGAAAGUGGAUAACACACUUCGGGAAAAAUUGGUUUACUUCUCUGAUAAUUUCGAUCCGAAGCUGUUUCUUUCUCGCAUCCACCAGCACACAAGUGCAGCAGAUUUGGAGGCUGGUGCCCUUGGCCUGAAAAGUGACUUAAAGGGUCGAAAUUUGCAAAAGAAACAAUUGGUGAAAGACAAUUUUGACUGCUUCGUCUCAUGUAAAACAACAAUUGAUGAUAUUGAGGCAAAACUGAAGCGGAUUGAAUCAGAUCCAGAAGGGUCAGGAACUACUCAUCUGUUCAAUUGUAUGAAAAGUGUGACAUCAAGGGCCAAUCUUGCAUUUGAACCUCUUUUUGAGAGACAGGCUCAAGCUGAGAAAAUCAGGUCUGUACAAGGAAUGCUUCAGAGGUUCCGGACACUCUUCAACUUACCCAGUAUCAUUCGUAACAGUAUUAGCAAGGGUGAAUAUGAUUUGGCUGUUCGAGAAUACAAGAAAGCGAAAUCUAUUGCUCUACCUUCUCACGUAAAUAUACUCAAGCGUGUACUCGAGGAGGUUGAGAAAAUUAUGCUGGAAUUUAAAGGCACUCUUUACAAGUCUAUGGAAGAUCCAAAGAUAGACUUCACAAGUCUGGAAAACACUGUGAGGCUUUUGCUAGAGCUGGAACCCGAAUCGGAUCCUGUGUGGCAUUAUCUGAAUGUUGAGAAUCAUAGAAUACACGGCUUGCUUGAGAAGUGCACGUAUGAUCAUGAAGCAAGGGUGGAAAUUUUGCGGAAUGAGACUCAUGAGAGAGCUAUCUCGGAUGCGAAGUGGCAACAGAUUCAGCAAAAUGUCGUUCCAUAUUCAGAUGCUGCCUCUUCUAAUGAAAAUAAUGAAGUUCAAGUUGACCCACAAUCGUUGGAGUUUCCCAGCGAAGAGAUCGAUGCAUUGAAGGGGAGAUACAUCAAAAGGUUGACUGCUGUGCUUGUGCAUCAUAUUCCUUUGUUUUGGAAAACAGCUAUAUCAGUUUUCAGUGGAAAAUUUGCCAAGUCCUCCCAAGUUACCGAUAAUUCAGCGAAUAAGGCCGAGGAGAAAGUCACAGAGGCAAGGUAUUCAACUCAUUCUUUGGAAGAAGUUGCUGCCAUGAUACGCAAGACUAUAUCUGUCUAUGAAGCAAAGGUGGUUCACAGCACAUUUUGUGAUUUUGAUGAAUCAUGCAUUCUCCGCCCAUUUAUGAGUGAUGCCAUUAACGAAGUAUCAAAAGCAUGUCAAUCUUUUGAAGCCAAAGAUUCAGCGCCCCACAGUGCUGUUGUCGCACUAAGAAAAGUCCAGGCGGAAAUCACUAAGAUUUAUAUCCAAAGGCUUUGCUCUUGGAUGAGGGCAUCCACGGAAGGAAUAUCAAAAGAGGAGACGUGGAUCCCCGUUUCUAUUCUUGAAAGGAAUAGAUCUCCAUAUGCCAUCUCAUACUUGCCUCUUGCAUUCCGUUCGGUUAUUGUCUCUGGGAUGGAACAAAUCAAUAUGAUGAUUUUGUCUGUGAAAGGUGAAGCUGCCAAAUCAGAAGAUAUGUUUGCCCAAAUUGAGGAAAUCCUGAUAUCUGUUAGAAUGGCUUUUUUGAACUGCUUUCUGGAUUUUGCUGCUCACCUGGAGCAGAUUGCUGCUGAUCUUUCCCAAAGCACUUCAACACGAGAGGACUGGAAAAACGGAUAUUCUGAUGAUCAACAGGAAGUAUCAUCAGCCACCACCUACGGAAGUGUUGUCGAUCCUCACAGGAGGUUGUUGAUGGUCCUAAGUAAUAUAGGUUAUUGCAAAGAUGAACUUGCUUCAGAGCUUUACAACAAGUUCAAAUACACCUGGUUGCAGUCUAGGGACAAUGAUGAAGACAUCAGCGAUCUUCAAGAUCUCGUUAUGUCUUUCUCUGGUCUCGGAGAGAAGGUUCUCGAGCAUUACACUUUUGCUAAGGCAAAUUUGAUAAGAACAGCUGCCACCAAUUAUUUGCUGGACUCUGGUAUUCAAUGGGGAUCAGCGCCUCAAGUGAAAGGUAUACGAGAUGCGGCUGUUGAGCUAUUGCACACUCUUGUAGCUGUCCAUGCAGAGGUCUUUGCGGGUGCAAAACCACUGCUGGAAAAAAUUCUUGGCGUUCUGAUCGAAGGUCUAGUCGACACUUUUCUCAGUCUUGUGGAAGAAAACAGAGCAGAUUACCUGAGUUCAAUUGAUGCAAAUGGUUUCUGCCAACUGAUGUUUGAGCUUGAAUACUUUGAGACGGUACUGAACCUAUAUUUUACAAGCGAUGCAACCGCGUCUCUUAAAACUCUACAAGGAACCGUGCUGGAGAUUGCUAUAGAGAGCAUCAGUGAAGCAGUUGAGACCACUCCAGGACAUAACCGUAGACCAACUCGUGGCAGCGAAGACACAGUUUCAGAUGACAGACAAGGAUCAUCUGUUUCAGCAGAUGACCUCCUCGCUCUGACGAAGCAGUAUUCAAGCGAAUUGCUACAAACAGAAAUGGAGAGAACUCGUCUGAACACAGCAUGCUUUGCAGAGUCAGUUCCAGUAGAGCCAACGCCUCCAUUACCCAAAACUGGUUACAAAGUCUCGAUGGAUUCUCCAAGCAGAAACUACAGAGGCUCACAGUCAUCAGGUUCUCCGGUUCAUGCCCGACCCAGACGAAGAUAA